AUGAAGGCAGAAUACAGCCUGCUAAACACAAAUAACACACAGGAGAAGGAAAGAUCAGGCAUGCGCACGCAGCACCGCGUCCGUGCCCGCGCCGCCAGCCUGGCGUGCGAGCGGGCAGCAGAACCCACGGCGGCCACCGCCCUCGGCCCCGAGUGCGCCACCGCGCACCUGCCCCGCGCCCCGCGCUGCUCCGGGCACCGGCCCUGCCCAGCCCCGGGCACACCUGCGGGGCCAGGGCCAGCACCGCGUGGCAUUGCCCGGGCGGGCGUGGGGACGCCUGGGAGACCGGGGGGAGACCCGGCUUGCCGUGGGGAGACUUGGCUUGCCCUGGGGAGAUCCCGGCGACCGCGGCAAUGCGUGGGAGGACGCAGCCGCCGCAGCGCGCCCCGCGGUUCGCCGCAGCCCCCGCACACAGUAGCUGCGCUCCGGCCGCCGCAGAUGGGCCCGGCACGCCGCGUCCCGGCCAUCACCCCGGAGGGCCGCGGCCCCCCACAGCGCAGCCCGCCCCGGGGCCGGCGGUCCCCGAGGGGAGCGGGCGGGGCCGCGCCUGCCACGGGCGCCAAUUAA